GACUGUGAACGUCAUACGUUUGCUGCAUUAAAAUGAGUGAAACAUCUGAAAGUUCAGCUAAUGAAUCGAUUUUGUACGAAAUCCUGGAGUACUUUGCUCGGAAACAAGAGCCUGAACUAACUAAGUAUAAAAAUGAUUUAGCAGUUUUACCAACUUCAGGGACCAUAAAAAAUGCAUUGCGAUACCUUAAUAACAGACAUUCCCUACCUGAAAUAAUUUCUCAACAGAUUAGUUAUACUUUACCGUGGAAAUUUGCUAUAGGAGACAAAGGGCGCAUUCUUGCUAUUUUACAAGAAAAUAUUAUAGAAAUUAGAAAGUCAAAAGAUGAAUAUUCAUCUGUUAUUGGAAAAGCUUCAGCUCCAAAGGAUGCCUUUCCACAGUGGCGUAAACUUGCUUGGAGCCCAGAUGGCUCAAUUUUAGCAUUAGUCUCUAGCAAUGGUUAUAUUUCUUUUUAUAACUCUUUUGGAAAUAAUAUAUUUAAUAUUAGUCCUAAGUCAGUCUCUCAGAACCCAGAUGUCUUAGAAGCUGGCGAUGCUGUAGCAUCUAUAAUAUUUAAGAAGCCAAGAGUUAAGAGUGUUAACUGGGACUAUGAGUUUAUUAGAGUAACUUACAGUGGCUUGCUUAAGUCAUACUGUAUUUCUAACAGUAGUUGCAGUGAAAACCAUGAAUUUUCAUUUAGUGGCUGUUACAGAAAUGGAAUUAAUUCUGUUUCUUACAGCGAAAAACACAACUUAUUUUUUGUUGCCGGAAAUAGUGUUAAUCAAAAUUUAUCUUGUGCAGCUUCACAAAUCGGUUUAACAUGCUGGAGAACCUUGAAUGACCAUCCAUACUAUAAAUUAUCAGUUGCUUCACAGGAUAUUGAAACGCAUAAAUCUAUUUUUUCAAUAUGGAAUUAUAUUCCUGUUAUUAAAAACAAAACACCAAUAAUAUUUAAAACCAGUGUCUCACCGAAUGAUCAACUUAUAUUAUGUCUUCAUGUGGAUGGUACGAUUUCAGUUUGGAGUUUGCCAAAUCUCAAACUACUAAAUCAAUGGACACUUUUUGAUCAACCACAAUAUAAUACGAAGAAUCCAUUGAAAUCCAUGAAACUCAAGAAAGUACUUGCUAACAUAUCAGAGUAUCAACCCCUAGAUACUGGAUGGUGGUCAGACAAUGCUGUGAUAGUAACAAGAUAUUCAGGUUCAGUUUCAGUUUGCUCAAUCAAGAAUUUACAAAACCUUUUAGGAACUAGUCCAGAAUUUUUGUACAACUGUCCACAAAUUGCUGAGCUUAAUGAAUCUAAAGGAUUUUUAUGCUUGGACUGUGAAGUUAUUGUUACAAGUACAAAAAGGAACAGAAAAACAAAUGCAGAUGAGUUGUCAUCAGAUGAUGAGAAAGAGGAAGAUGAAUCAAAGCCAGCUACGAUCCUGAAUUAUACAACUCAUGUGGUCAAGAGUGCUUUGUAUUCUAUUACAGAUAUUGAAAGAUUCCAGCCCAAAAGAAAAAAAUCGAAAGUAUUUCAUAGAACUUACAGACUUGUUGGUAUCAAAAGCACAACACCAGAAGAACUUUACUCUAGAAAAAUUGAAAUAGAGGAAUAUGAAGAAGCACUAGCUUUAGCCAAAAAGUACAAUUUGGAUCAUGAUUUGGUAUAUCAAACAGAAUGGAGAAAAUCUGAAUUUUCAAUUGAUGCAAUACAAGAGCACUUAAGUAAAAUCAGUAAAAGAUCAUGGGUCCUCAAUGAGUGCAUAUCUCGAGUACCUGAAACUUUAGAAGCUACAAAAGAAUUGAUCAAUUUUGGUCUACGCAGUGCAAAUUUAGAAACACUCAUAGCUAUUGGUAUACACGACAAUGGUAAAUUUACUUCUGUCGAAGUAGACGAUGAUGAUGAUUAUGAUUACAUUGAUGAUAAUGUUAAAGAAUUUGAACUGAGGCAGAUACAGAAAAUCAAUCAGACCUUGGAUACCAUCAACAGAGAUCACUUAAGUGAGCCUCAAAAAGAGUUGAUUAGAUACAGGAAAAAGCUUCUGAGUCAUUUAGAUAAGCUACAAAUAUAUGAAAUACUUUUGGAGUCACCUAACAAAUUUGACAAGAAAUUCUAUGAGGAAUUCAGACAACUGUCACCAGUUGAAAAUGCUGUCAAGUUUGCUAAAAGUUCUAACUGUCGAGGAGUGGAAGUCAUGUUCACCUAUUACAGUUUGCAAUUAAUGCCCCACUGGCUGACAAUAAUUAGCUUCUUUCCUGAAACCUUGAAUCCAGAAAAGUAUCAAAAACUUCUGCCAGAAUGUGAUUUAGAAAGUCGUUUAUUUUUAUUGUACCAACAAGAAUUGAGACCAAAAGAUUGGGUCGAAAGAGCUAUGUUUGAUAAUAUCCCUAAUUUGGAUAGAAAUGAAGAUUUAGAAUUUAUUUAUGAGGUUAAAAAAUCGCUUUCAGUGUACCGAAGUAAAGAGCUUACAAUGGAUUUGUUACAAAAAUGGUAUAGUGACAGAGCUUAUGAAAUUGAACGCGAGAGCCGUUUAGUGGACAACGCUUUGGCUCUAAUAAACAUUGGAAAAUCGCAUAAUAUUAAAAAUUUAGAAAAUUUACUGUUUCUAUUAGAAUCUCUGGAUGAUCUUGUUUACAAAGUUGGUCUUGAAGAAUUAUCUUUGACAGAAAUCGAAAAAUUAGAUGACUUGAACAAAAUAAAAUUGUUAAUGUCGAAAUCUAAUGAAAAAAAUUUUGUCAACAACAUUAAAACUUUGUUGUUGCCUUAUUCAAGAAGGAAAAAAAGAUAUAAUGAUGAUAAAUUGGAAAGAAAUUUAUUGUAUGAUUAUUUAGUACUGCUAAGUAAAUCAGACUUAGCGCUUCCAGUGACAUUCUUCAAGUCUUUGCAAUCAUCUUGUGAUCCCGAAAUUUUUGAUGCAAUAAAAAGUGUUACUGCUUUAGCAGUAGAUUGUAUUUAUGCAUGCACCCAUACAGACAUGUAUGAGAAAGCUAAAGCUAUUUAUGAUGCAAUGGUGAGCUUAGCCAGAGGAAGGGAAGAUAGUAGCAUCAAGUUCAAGGAACUUGAAAAAGAGUUGAAAUGUUUACAAUUAUUGAGUAAGUACGAGGUUCUGAUACCGUUUCAUCAAGUUAGAGAUAGCAAGCAAAAUUCUUCAGGUGCUAAAGAGCUUUUAACAGAAAUGAGCCAAAAUUUAACAAAAAUAUAUCCACAUGCCAAUGAGAAAAACUGGUUACAAAUGUUGAAUGACAUGCUAGAUAUUCAGGAACAAGUAUUUAGUUGUCUAGACAUAGAGAUCUGUUUUGAAAUAUCUAUGCUAGCAAGAUUAAAAUCACAAUCUAUAAAUGCAAUCAGAGGUUGCACCAAUUUAAUGGAAACAAAAGCAAGUGGACGAUCCCGACUUAAAGUUUCUCAUGAACGAGCCAUUGAUUUCGUUUUAGAAGCCAGUAACUACUACUUUAAUAAUUCCAAAAGCCUGAUAGAUCCAGGCAUGGAUUUGGCUAAAGAGUGCCUUCAUUUAAUAAAUGAGAAUAAUGACAGGGUAAGAGAGGAGUACGAUCUAAUUGAGUCGUUACAAUUAUUAAACGAGUUUCACAUAAACAUUCUGCCGCUUCAAGUGAGGAUGCUGCAGGAGCGACUGAAGCUCAUCGAGGACUGCUUAAAUAGUCAUAAAGACGCGUACAAGAGCAAACAAAAGCUGCUGAAUUUAUCCAAGUACUUGAGAAUCGAGCAAAAGAACAACCGCUCGCGAGAAGGAAAAGUACUGAACUUAAUAGCGAAGAAGGCAUAUGGAGUCAGUGACUAUAACUUUUGCGCAUCUGUCUUGAAAGACAUGAUCAAGAAUAAUUACCAGAUAGCCUGGGGCAUUGCCAAGGAUUUGGCCUGCUGUGAUGAGUUUGAUGACUUACAGUUUCGCAAGAGCUGCAUUUGGUUUGCCAUUCACUAUGGCCCGAGUGACGUUAUCGAGGGUUUGAUAAAACGAGCCAAUUUACUUGAGGUUCAAAUUUUAAAUUUUCACUUGGUGAAGAUAAUGUCAGUCGAAGGCGAACAACGAGAGGAUCAAGAGAACGUCGAUGGUGAUAGUGCAGAUUUACUAAGUAUGCCUUUGGUCGAAAAUAAAGAAUUCGUUCCGAAAAUCGUGCAAACAUCUACUGAGCUGGUUAAGAGCUCGGCUCAAAUCGCAACGAAGUCGACGUUGAAUUUGAUCAGAAAUGCAAGGAACAAACAUUUUUGGGCGUCAAAGUUGAGCUUCAGCUUCUUAGAUAAUAGUAAUCAAUUCAAAGUGACUGAUGAGGACGAAAUCCUACCUCUAAAGAAGCCAGAAGAAUCGCUUAAGUUUGCCUGUUUUUAUAAAACUCUGCAUGAAAACUGCGGAAUAAGUCAUAUUGACACAAAGUACUCGAAAUUUUCAAUGGAAGAUUACGAUGUUAAGUUGAAAUUGGUGCAAACUUUGUUGAGAAUAUAUUUGCUGAACGAAACUGCCUCUUACGGUGCUGAAGUCAGUGAUAUCAAUCAUUUGUUACUUGAGUGCGCUGAGCGAACCGUCACGGAAGAUUGCAUUGCGGGCAUGAGUUAUUUAUUGAAUCUAUCCGAUAAGCAUUCAACGAGCAUCGAAGACACCUUUGAAAUUUUACCUCGAACCAAACUAUAUUGUCAACUCAAUGCUUAUUUCUAUUCAUUGAAACUGUAUUCCCAACUUUAUCCAGAUAGUAAUAAAGUAUUUUUAUACAGUCCUAAGAAACUUAUUACACACAUGUCAAAUGCUGAAAUUUCGAAUGAAGAUGAUUAUCAAAUUAAAUUGAAGAGGAAAAUAAAUUUUUUUUUGCAACAACAGAACGAUGAAAAAAAAGAAGGAAAAGAAAGUAACAUGGAGAAAAAGAAUACCAUAACUAAAGUUGAGAUAAAAAAUUACAAGGUUGAUAAUAUGCAGUCAGAUAUGCAUAGUGUGGAUGAUAAGUUUAACGUAAACAAGAAGCAUGUGUCGAGUAAUGUUUCUUUAUCAGAAGAAUUGGGUGACUGGGGUGAUUGGGGUGAUGAGGAAAACGCUGAGUUUGGUUCUAAUUCUCAUAAGACAAAUGCUUGUGGUGAACCUAUGCUGCAAGAGAAAUAUAAUAGUGAUAAUAAAUUAGAAGUAAAACGAAAGUGUACGCUCGAUUAUUCUCCAGUAACAGAAGAACUAGAUGCAUGGAAUGAUUGGAAUGAUAAAGAAAAUUCUGAAAUUGAAGUUGACGAUGAAAAUGAAAUUAAUGCAGUAUUUUUAGAAAAAUGUGAAAGCCUUGAUGAUAAAUUCAAAUUAAAAAGUUAUUCUGACUGUAACAAAUCAUUAGAAAAAUUAGGUGAAUGGAACGAUUGGAGUGAAACAGUUAAAUUUAAUUUUAAGAGUGAUGAAAAUAAAAAUAAAAUCUUAAACAAAAAAUAUUAUAGCAAUAAUAAAUUGGAAGUUGAUAUACAAUCAUCAUCCAAUUGCACUGCAUUCUCAGAAGAAACAGAUGCUUGGGGUAAUUGGAACAAUGACUGGGCUGAUGAGCCAGGUUCUAUAAGUGAUAAUGCAAAAAAAAUUCCAAGCACUGUCACUCCUCAGUCAGUUAGUUCUUCUCGUGAAUUAAAAAAUGAUUUAUUGGACGAGAAAAAUUACGAGAACAUUAUAACUGAAUUUUCAAAAAUAAAAACCUUUGAUGAUUAUAAAAAAGUAAAACUAAUGUUACUAGAUCAGCCGAACUGGUCAAUGCUUAAAUUCAAUGAUAACAAUCCAGCGCUGGAAAUGAUUGUCAAAAUAACAAGUAUAAAUGCGACCAACAAUAAUAGCUACAAUGAUGAAGUUUUUGAAGAAAUCGCAGCUUUCUUCGACAGAUGCACGGUUCCUCAAAUCGUGUUAACGGAAUUCCUUCAAGAGAAGAAAUAUUUUUUUACAGUGGAACAGUUUAUAUAUUUGCAAUUGUGCUCUACAAAUUUAUCACUUCAUCAAAAAGCUGUUGAUAAUAUAAAAAAAAAUUAUAAGGCAUUGAAAUUGAAUUCAGCCAUACUAGAAAAAAUUUUUUUCAACAACCUCACCUCAUCGUUCGACGUAAGUCAUGACCUAUACUACCGAAUACUGGAAGAAGUAUUUUUAAACAGAACCUUACCCGAAAUCGAGGAGAACGUCAAAUUGCUGAUAAACAAUUUAGUCGAACAGAGCAACAUUCCGCAUGCUAUAGCUCUAUUUAAUCAGCUCGAGGGUACACCAUCAUCGCUAAGCACCUAUGGAAAUUGUAUUGAAAUGCUGUUCAGAAAAUUAAACUAUGACGAUUAAUUGUCUAU